CUCCCCGCGAAAACAUCCACACGUGGAGAGAAAGUUUGUUCAAGUUUUUCUCCUCGCACCCCCGAACGCGUGGAUCUGAUCGCUCUAGAAAAACAUCCCCCCCCCCCGUCUGCACAAUGCAUCCUAUCCGCCCACGAAACGCAAGUGGUGAGAACGCAGCCGGCAAACCUUGGAGACGAUCACGACGACGUGUCGCAUAAACCAGAUGACACCGAGGGAUCGAAUCGAGCGAGGGAACCCUCCCUCCUUCUCAGGCACUCGCGAUGCAACGGAACCGAGCCAUCCGUGUGGGGCAAGUCUUCCUCCUCCUCCUCCUCGGCGGCCCGUGGGGCUGCUCCGGCUACGGCCAGCUCUCCGACCAUGCCAUCCAACUCGGACAGGAGCAAGGUGAUGGGAUAAACACCCCGGGCACCCCGAGGACCCAGCUCAGUCGAUCGCCCACCAUGCACCUCACCGCGUUGCUACCCCUCGCCCUCUCGCUGGGGCUGGUCCUCGGAGAGUUCUGCGAGCCGCGCUCCUCGUCGCGGCGACGCCGGUCCCAUACGCAGCAGCGCAGCGCGACGCGGAAGCUGCCCUGGUGGUACAAGCGCUUGCAGAAGGAAGGGCCGAAUGCGUGCGUGGUGGAGGAAGUCCCAGGCACUGACCGCCGCUUCUACACCGAGUGUCGGUACUGGAUGAACCGGCAGAUCUGCGGGCAGAAAACAGUCCUGAGGUACGAGUGUUGCGAAGGUUUCGAGAGGAUCGAGGGGCGGAAGGGAUGCACCAAAGGUCAGAAUUUUGCUUUCCUUCGACUCGAAGAAAUCUGA